GACAUGUAGUUCAUGAUCACAAGCCGCUUGGAAAGACAAGGGAGGCAGAGCUCAGAAAAAUGCAGAUCUUCGUGAAAACGCUCACCGGAAAGACCAUAACCCUAGAGGUUGAAUCCAGCGACACAAUCGACAAUGUCAAAGCGAAGAUCCAGGACAAGGAAGGAAUCCCGCCGGACCAGCAGAGGCUGAUAUUUGCAGGGAAGCAGCUUGAAGAUGGUCGUACUCUCGCCGAUUACAACAUUCAGAAAGAAUCAACUCUCCACCUGGUUCUAAGGCUUCGUGGUGGGAUUAUUGAGCCUUCUUUGAUGGCAUUGGCAAGAAAAUAUAACCAGGACAAGAUGAUCUGCCGCAAAUGUUAUGCACGUCUUCACCCCCGUGCUGUGAACUGUAGGAAGAAGAAGUGUGGCCACAGCAACCAGUUGAGGCCAAAGAAGAAGAUCAAGUAGACUGCUGGGUGUGGAAGCAAUGCCAAAAUUUUUACUAGUUUUAUUGAAGUCAGUGUACUUUUCUUUUUCAUUUUGAACAACCUAGUACCCGAAGAGCUAUAGACAUGUUUUUUGAACAAAGAAGUCUUGGAUAAUCUGGUUUUUGUCAUGCUUUUAUGUCAGGCACUUCAUUUUUGUUAAGAAUGCUACAUCCCAUUUCUCA